AUGCCAGAGACGCUGGAGCCUGGCUCGCCCUUCACUACGCCACCGGUGUCGCCCGGCGGCGUCGAGAAGCGGCGAUCACGGAAUCCUCUCAAGAACAUGAUGCAGCAUCUUACGGUGGAUCCUCCUCCAGAGGACGAGGACCGACAGCCACGGAGAGCAUCUCUCAUCCGCCGCAUUAGCUGGCGAAAGAGUCGCAGCCCUUCAGCCCAUUCCGACAGGUCGGGCGGUCAGCCUCAGGAUCCCAACCUUUGCAGGGCGUGCGCUGGCUGGGCGGCUGAUAUCGACUCUACCUUUGACACCAUGGACGACUUUUUCAUGAGGGCCUUGGAUCCGGCAGCGGCAGACACCUUUGAAAACAAGGAGCACUCUAUGGGUCGCCUGAAGGAGCUUGAGGAGAAUCGCUUCAUCACAAAGUGCCCUCUGUGCAAGCUGUUUCUGUCCGUGCACAUUCCCAGCGAAGGAGAGGGCGACCUGUACCUCUCUGGCUUUUCGAGCAGAGACACCAACUAUCUCAUUGAUAGUCACAUCAUGUUUGAGCAGGGUCAUGGAGCAAAGAACAAGAGCAAGGGAAUCAGCCCUGCCUUUCUAGGCGUCGUACCCAAGAAGAGCGGCGACGGCGCUCUCAGCUGGGAUGUGAGCGCCGACUGGUUCCGCGACUCGGGCAUGCUUUACCGGACCAUGCCUGACACAGCCCCGACUGAGCUUUUGAGUGCGCGAUCUGAAGGGAGGCACUCGCGGGCAAGCUCAUUUACCGACACGAGUGGCUGGUUGAAGCGUGGAAUCUGGGGUCGCGAGCUUGAACAGACGAUUGACAUGUCCAUCGGUCAGGACUGGCUGCGAUUCUGCGAGUUCUAUCACCAAGGUCGUUGUGGACGAAAACCCAUCACACAUGAGAUGCCCGGAUUUCGACUUGUCGACUGCGCAAAGAACCCGCCAACAGUGGUGGACGCAUCCAUCACGGAUCGAUACGUAGCUUUGAGUUACGUGUGGGGGAACAAGAAGUCAGCUCCUGGGAGCUGGCCCAAGGUGAUCUGGGACGCCAUCAUAGCCACCAAGGACCUUGGUGUCAGGUAUCUAUGGGUGGACAGGCUAUGCAUCGACCACACGCGGCCUGCGGAGAAGAUGCAACAGAUUGCGAGGAUGGAUGAGAUCUUUGAGGGCGCUAUCCUGGCUAUCAUCGCAGCAUGUGGUGAGGACGCCGAUUAUGGUCUCCCCGGCGUGGGAUCGAGGAAUCGACCCCCUCAGCCAAAGUACGAGUUUGUCAACUCAGACAUUACCCUCGUGUCAAGUCUACAAGAUCCUAGACUCGCCAUCAAGAACUCGGCGUGGUAUCGGCGAGGUUGGACGUAUCAGGAGGGUCUUCUGGCGCGUCGACGACUCAUCUUCACCGACCAGCAGAUGUACUGGGAGUGCGAGGGCAUGUGUUGUCCUGAGUCACUCAUCCUGCCGCUUGAGUUCUACCACGACAUGGAAGAGCAGAGAAUGGGCGACUUUAUGAGACCGGGUCUAUUUAAUGGUGUGUCAUUCGUCGAUGGCAGCUGGGAGCGAUGGAAGAGACUGCCUGGCAAGGCAGAGGACCCCAGCACGCUGAGCAUCUUUCGAGAGGCUGAUCAACAUAUCGGCAACUACACGCGGCGCGACUUGACCUACGACCAGGACUCACUCAACGCGUUCCUCGGUAUUCUGAGACGGCUCGAGACCACGGUUGGUCCUGGCAAGAUGUUCAACAUCCUGGGCAUCCCCGUCUGGGCGCCCCAGCUGGACCAGGUUGUGCCAGCCACGGGUCUCCCACGAACUCGCGACAUGUUUGCCCUCUCGACGUGCUUCUGGCAUCACAAGGACGGCGUGGUAGCUACGAGGCGUCCCCACAUGCCCAGCUGGACAUGGGCUGGAUGGAAGGGCCCCGUCGACCUGUACUCGUCCAUCACUGUCGUGGACCCGGACAGCAAGGCGCGGGAGCGCAAGUACAACGCCCACCACUACGUCACGGCGACACACGUGUCCCGCAACGACCCCAACUCCAUCCGCUGGACCUACUCGCCCAACAUUGUCCUCGUCAACCAGGACGGCAGUGUGGCGUACGACUUUGGCGCCUCGGCCCUUGCUACGGGCAUGCCGCCUGCGCCGCCGUCGCUGCCUAUCCGUCCGUAUGGUAUUCACGUGCCGAAUCCGUUUGUGCUGGACCGGGUCAAGGCCCGGACGCACCCAGAGGGCUGGAUCUUUAACCGGGUGAGCGUCGAUGUUCGGCUGAGCCGGGGAUCUGGGUCGAUCCGGGAGUACAUCGAGAGGCAUGCCAAGGGAGAGCAGAUGACGGUACUCUGGUUCGUCGAGGAGUCGCUGGUGAUGCUUCUCGUGGUGGAACGGACCGAAAGGAACGGACGAGUUGUGUGGGAGCGCGUCGGACGCAUGCGCAUGGGCUUCUCAGAGGAGUCUAAGGACGUUGUCAACACCUUUGGAAGUGUAGAGAAAAUGGUGGGCGAGCUACCCCUGAGAAGACUCGGGGAGGAUAUCGUGAUUGAGUAG